AUGCACGGAGCUAAGCUAAGACAGUGGCAAUGUCAUCGAAAGUCCGCGCUGUCCAAUCUGGUGGAAUGUGAUGGUCAAGGAGGCUGCGGCGGAGUGUCAGGGAAGAUGAGGUAUGGACGCCAAUAUGGGGACAGCCAAGACGCGGGGCACGGGCGAGUGCGGUUGCGGGGUUUCAGCGGAAGUGGGGCCGCAAGUUUCAAGCGGGUUGGCGGGCGAAAAGAGGGUGAAGAACCUCACGCGGACGACAGCAGUGCGGAGGGGAGAGAAAACGGACGGAAUGAUACGUGUUCCGGUGAAGAGCACGCAGAUUUUUUGGUAGAGUGCACCGGCCAUGCUCAGGGGGGAUUGGGAGACGUUUCCCCAUUGUUUCUUGAGCGCUUGAUGGACCUUUCGAUGUUCCGUAACGUCCCCAGGACAUUCUACGCGGCGAUUGCAGUUAAGAUGAAGGUCCUACUGUACCACACACAUGAAUGCAUCGUGAAGAUGGGUGAGCCUGCGGAGGCGAUAUAUUGGAUCCUAUAUGGCGCUGCUGACGUUACGUCCCCGGACGGGAAGGUCACGCACGCGGUUCUGGUACAGGGCGCGCAUUUCGGAGAGAUAGGGCUGCUGUUCAAAAGCCCGCGUGUGGCUACCGUGGUGGCCAAGAGUAAGAUACUGGUUGGCAUGCUUGCUGCGGAUGAUUUUAACCAAGUUCUCGCAUCCUACCCGGCUGUUGAACGACAGCUCCGGGAUGAGGCACAGCAACGGUUAGCUAUGCAGGAGAAACGGUGGAAGGUAAGUAAACAGCCUCUUUCGCAAUAUGCUAUGGGGACCUGGAGUCCCGGGGGCGCGCAACCUAGUCCAGAUACGCCUUUUGUCUGUCCAGCUAACGUUACGGUUCAACUUAGUAGAUAUAUCUCGCAAAAUGGGCUCGAAAUGCACUCAAAUUUAGAGGGAAUUGAUGAUUCCAUAUCUACUUUGCAAUUCCUUAAAAGUCUCCCUUUGUUUGCUCGCCUUCCGGUGGAUAUUAUACAUGAGUUCGCCCUUUCUGUGAAAAUAUUGCAAGUCCCUGCCUUCCAAUAUAUCAUCAGGAAGGGCGAAGUUGGAAGAGAUGUAUACUUUAUAUUAACGGGGAAAUUUGAGGUGUUGGAUAGAUGCAAGGACAGUUCGCAGAGCGUUAGCCUGCUGGCGCAAUUGGGGCCCGGUCAAUACUUCGGCGAGAUGGGUUUCUUAGAUGCUCUUGAUGGAAAUCAUGACGAAAAUGCGAAAUCUGUAAGAUCUGCUGAUAUUAGAUCCAUUUCUGCGUCGACCUUGUUGGUCCUCGCCGGUGACACUUUCAGCUAUUUUUGCUCCAGGUACCCGUGGAUAAAAUGCGAAAUUAGAAAGAUUGCGGGGGAACGAAACAGGAAUAACUCUCAUAUAGCUUCCCGGGCAGCUCAAAUCACUACAGGAAACUCUUUUGUGCUUCCGCGAGGACCUACAAUGGGGGGAAACCGGGGCGAUUUGCCAGUGCUCCCCACUUUUCUGAAUGAGUCGAAACCAUGUCUUGAAUCUAUCCCAGAUUCUAAAUUUGAUGAUAAUCCUGCUAGCUUUUGCCAAGAAGACAGACCUUUCGAAAUAGUGCCUGUGGUAAACAGCGUGGCUAACCCGCGUAGUCGUUCAUUUUACCUACCAGUGAAUAUGGCCGCCAAGAGCUCGAGCACAGUAGGACGAAGAAAGAGUAAAAAGAGGGUAGCGGCGUCAUCUUCUUAUUUCCCAUCAUCAUCAGCCUCAUCCUCUGCGGUAUCAGUCGCAAAAAUAAGAACAACAGCAAAAUUAGGUGCCAAUAAGCUAAUAGGUAACUUAAAUUGCACCCCUCCGUUUCUGAAACCUCCUCUAUCAUUUCACCAAAAAUAUGGAGCUGUCUUCUUGCCUCCUCCAACUGGGGCUUUAUCUGAUAACAUACAGAUGACUUCACCACUUCCAAGCUUCUCAUUGAUAUCUUCGCUGUCCACGUACUGUCCUCUUCCUAGAAUUCUUCCUCAAGUUUUGGAGGAUCAGGCAAGAUGGUUACCAACCGCUGCAGAACAUUCGCCUUUUGUAAGUGCAUCUACUUCUACCAUGAGAUCACUACCUGAAAAGAUACUUUUGCAGUGUUUUCGUUUCUUGACGUUACCAGAAUUGAUGAAACUAAGAAUUGUCUGUCGACGCUGGCGGCAACUUCUAUACAUAACGCCGGGCCUGUUUACCAAGUUAGAUCUCACACCAUGGAAUAACUCGAUCGAUGACAAGGCACUAAUGCAGGUAACAGAUUUUGUCGGGUCAAGGCCUAAGUCGGUCGAUCUUUCGAAUUGCUACCAUAUCACAGACAAUGGCUUUUCGUACAUGAUCAAUGAGAUCGGAAUUGGUGGCCAACUCAAACGGGUAAAUAUCAAAAGUUGUUGGGAGGUCAGUGCAAUGGCCAUAAUGGAUCUUGCAGUGCCGUCCAUUGGCGGGUCACUAGAAGAAAUUGAUUUGACAAACUGCAGGAAAGUAAGGGACGAGGUCAUCCAGAGGCUAAUUGGCUGGGAACCAUCGACAACAAUUUUUGGACCACCAAUGAAUGAUACUCUUCUGGAUAAUCUGCAAGGAACCCCGCUAAUUCAGCAUGAUCACACGGACUUUAGGACUUUACAUCCAAUCCAGAAUACAGUACCAGAAGUUUCACACUUUACUACAAAUUGCACACCUACAUUGAAUCAAAUAGGUUGUAGGAGUUUACACAAGUUGGUACUUCGAUACUGCAAAAAUAUCACGGAUACCACGUUGUAUCACAUAUCUAUUUAUGCGAAGGAGAGGCUCACCUAUUUAGAUCUCACGCGUUGUACUGGACUAACUGACAUGGGAUUUUCUUAUUGGAGUUCUCAAUUAUUCAUGAACCUGCAUACGUUGAUCUUAACAGAAUGCAUUUUUCUAACUGAUGUUGGAAUCAGGUCCAUUGUGAACUGCGCACCCAACUUGGAGCAUUUGAAUUUAUCUUUCUGUUGCUCGUUAACAGAACUGGCUGUUGAACUGCUUUGGAUUGGGUGCCUGCAUCUCAGGACACUUGACUUAAGCUUCUGCGGUAGGGCAGUCAACAACGUUUCUCUCUUGGGGAUAUCAAUGCAUUUGCGAAAAUUGCAGCGCAUUAUAUUGAAGGGCUGUCCGCGUAUUACAAGGUCUGGUGUCGAUUCACUGCUUGGCGGUUUUGCUCCUCUGGCGUAUAUUGAUAUAUCCCAAUGCAGGAAUGCCCAUAUGUAUCAGGGCGGCCCGCCGGCUACCAAGUUCAACCUCGCACCGGGAUGUAAGAGCAUACAUCUGACCAUGGAGGGAAGCGGCAGAUGCGUCGAGGUUGUGGUUUAG